CUGCUUGCACUAGUGCCCAGUAUAGAGGAAAAGAACAGACCUCUAAUUACAGUUAUUAUUAUCACCUAUAUUUAUUAUGCCAGACUGUUACGUAAAAGGCUGCAAAAGCAGGAGUUGUUACAGCCGGAAGAAUAAAACACAAUUGCAAUGGGAAAAAUCUGAAGGCAAAAACAUUACAUUUCAUAAAAUUCCAAAAAAUGCAAAGGAACGUUCAAAGUGGCUUGAUGCUGUGAAAUUAAAUGAUACGGAUGUACCAAUGAAUGCAAAAUUGUGCUCGCUACAUUUUGCAGAAAAUGCUUUUGAUAGAACAUCUGUUAAUUGUGUCAGGAUCCGACCUGGUGCCAUUCCACUAAAGAUUGAAUGUAUAAAUCAUAUAGACGCUUCUCAUAAAAAGGAAAAAAUACUAAAUGAAGGUGUCAAUGAAGAAAAUGAUCCCAAGGCAAUCGAAAUAUUUGAUAUAAGGAAAGAUCCUGUACAAGAUACUUAUGCUGAUAUUCAUGAAACAACGAUAAUGAAAAAUACUAGUACUUUAAGCAUUUUUAAAGAAACUAAAACUGCUUGUCAACAAACUAUACCACGCAAAGUUAAAAAUCAAGCAACUAGUGUUUCGCCACAUUUGUUGGAAGAUACGCCGACAGAACGGCUACUGAGAACUGCGCUAGUAAAUACAAAAAAAGAAUUACAUAAGACAAUUAAAUGUUUGCGGCAAAAACAUAGACGAUACAAGAAGCGUAUUGCACAUUUGCAAAAUGUACUGUUAUCUUUAAAGAAAAAAAAACUUUGAUUCACAACAUCUGGAUAUCUUAAACAAUAUAGGUACGUUUAAUAAGCAAUUUUUACUGCGUCAAAAUAGUAAGGCAAAUAAAACCCGAAUGCGUAAACAAUAUGAACCGAA